AUUUGGUAAGCGUGUGAAUAUCGGCGGAUAGGCGGUUUUGGUUUGUCUGUCCGUAGUUUUGAUUAUUGUAUUGGUUUGUUUUUUCUUCUGCUGGUUUCUUUAUAUUAGAACUGCGCAUCUCUGUACACAAUGGCAAAACGUUCUCUACUUCAGCAUGAAGCUCCAGACUGGGACCCAAUGAGUACUGAUUAUUAUGAUCCCAAUUUUAAUAAUUAUGCUCAUGGUCCAGGUUCAAGACUGGAUCGCCAAUUGCAACCUUGCUACACCAGAUUGGAAAGAGAAAAUUCCGUGUUCAAAUUACAUGUAAUGAACAUUCCUGCCCAGUUAUCUGAGAAUGGUAUUAUAAAUGUUUUCCUGAAUUUUGGAGAUCCAUUGGAUGUAUACAGGCAUCCUCCAGGUUAUGGUCCUGGUUGGGCAUUUGUUUCAUAUGCAACUCAGAGGGAGGCAGAACUUGCUAUCCGAGAACUGAACAAUGCACCACCAUUUUACUUUAGAGUGCAGUUUGCCCGCAGUGCAGCUGAGAAAGAACGCAUUCGUAAAGAACGAGAAGAUGAUGAAUUAUUGAGAAGAGUUUUGGAUUCAGAACCUUAUCCAGUGCAGUCUGAAAGAAUUCCAUUUGUUCCCUUCAACAGGGGCCUUGGGCGAGGUCGUGGAAUUCCAUUGCCACGGCAAAUGGGAGCCGGGUGUCGUCCAGGAAAGUUUGAACAACUCGUUUUGCACAGUGAUGACUCCUUGAAUGGGGAGGAUGCCGAUGAAAAUAUGAGUUACUUCUCACCCCAUGUGCCUGGAAUGUAUGAUGAAACAAACAGGAUGAUUAUGCAGAAAGGAGGAAACCUUGUUGCAAAUUCUCCAAAUGGUCGACGUUGGGUUUCCAUGGGUCGUGGAUAUUUUCCAGCAAGGAUGGUGGAGCCACAUCCUGUUCCAUUCAUCUACAGUCCUUUGAUCCCCCACCAGACAUGGGAGAGUGAAAGACCUUCAGUAGAAACACGUUAUGAGAUUGAGAUUAAGACCUAUACAAAAGAUGAGAGGCAUUUGCUAGCAGAAUCAAUAGAACGGAUGUAUGAACGAGAGUAUAAUGGCUGGUAUGAGUAUGGUCAGAUGGUGGACAUGACUGGGAAAUAUGGAAAAUGUUCACACUGUGAAAGGAAGACAACCCAAUACUGCCAGCGUUGUUGUGAGUGGUAUUGUAGUCGGGAAUGUCAGGUGAAGGACUGGCCACGCCACAAGACAAAUUGCGUUCCAAGAUCAUCUGUGAGUGAUUUUCCAAAAUUGCCUGGCUCACAGGAGAAUUAUGGUUCAGCCAAAUUCUCUGAAAGAAAACAAAGACAGGAGAGAAAUGAUACACACCAGGACAGUGAGCAGAGUGGACACAAUAUUUCUGGUGGUGUUGGAUGUAGUGACAGUCAGACCCAGACACAUUUUUGCAGAGAAGAACAAAGCAGGACAAGUUCCAAGAAGAGUCACUCUAAACAUCAUCACGAUGGGCAGAAUGUAAAUGAGCAUCGUAAUAGUCCAUUCACCAGUAAUAAUAAAGACAGGCUGAGAUCAAGUAAUAGCUGUAUUGAGGCUCAGACUGUAGCUGGAGAAGGAAAGAAGAAAAGUGUGAAUGAAAGACUUCGUAUUGGACCUCAGAUGGAAAAAAGUGGAAUCUCUCCCAAGAUGCAUCAAGAUUCUGGAGUUGUCGCCUCAUCUGUAGAUACUGGACCAGUACAAAAAACAAUUGAACCACUGGCAGAAAGCAGAUCGAAGAUAUCAGUUGUCAGUAAAGACACUGUCCCUGCAAGAGCAGGUGAUGCUGUUGCCGUGAAAACUCCAGGUGCUGAAGUGUCGAGGGCUGUUAGCAAGACAGAGGCUUCAGAUUUAAGAGAUUCCACUGUCAUUGGCAGCAGCAAGUGUGAGGAGCUGUCAAAAGACAGAUUUACAAAGGUGAGGGUGACGGUCAGUGUUGGACCUACGGAAUACUGGGUGCAAACUGUGGACUCAGAGGCAAAAUUUGUGGACAUCAUGAAAGUUUUGUAUGAAGCACAUGAAAUGUUCCCAUGUGACCUUCAAGUUGGUGCCAUGUGUGCAGCAUCUUAUGAAGGUCUUUGGUACCGAGGCAAAGUGACAAGUGUAAAACCUGAAUUAAAGGUAUUCUACAUUGACUUUGGGAAUGAAGAAGUAUGCACUCCUGAUGAAGUGAAGGCCUUGCCUCCACCAAUCAUGGAUAUUCCUCCUCUGGGACUGAGAAUCAAGCUUGCUGAAGGAACGUCAGAAAAAUACAGAAUGCUGAAAGUAGAUGACAUGAUUUUUAUAAAGCCUGUGGAAGAGACUUCCGAUGGUGCUAUUCUGGUUCAUGUUGAGGGAGAAUUAUACAAGCCUGUUGCUGCACCUCUGCUGCAAAUUUCAACACCACCUGUUGAUUCUGUACAGUUGAAAGAUGCCCAGGAAAAAGGUCCUUUACCACAACCAAAGCAGGAUAUAGAAAUCGUUCACGUUAAGGGGCACAAACCUAGCUUUGCAGUUGAUGGUUUGAAAGUGAAAACACAAGGUGGUGGCCAGUUCAUACAGCACCUGAUUGGUGGAGAUUUUACUGCUACAAUUGUGUAUCCUGAAAUCAAAGAGAAGUUUGUCAAGUUAUUUGGAGAGCUGCAAAAGGCAUGUGAGAGUGCUCCAGUAGAUAAGAACUACAAACCUAAUGUUGGAGAUAUGGUUGGAGCUUUUGCCAAAGUUGGAGUUACAGAAGAAGAUAAUACAUGGAAUAGAGCUUACAUUCUGUCUUUUGGUAGUUCUGGCCACUACCAGGUCAGUUUCUGUGAUGUGGGAUGUAUAGGCAAUGUGAAAACUGUGAAGAAACUGCCUGAAGAUUUGGCAUCGAUUCCAGAAUUUGCAGCUAGAUGCAGUGUUAUUAGCUGUACGAAACCCACGGAGAAACUGUGGUCUCCCGAGACCAGGAGGUUCUUGUUCACAGUGGAAAGUGUGAAUGAAGUUCAGAAGACAGUGACAUGUGUUCUGCAAUCAGUUACUGGUGAAGAAAUUUGCAAGGCUGUGCUGAGACGUUGGGUUCCAAGUAUAGAAGAUGAGGGGCUGAAGAGUGUUGAAAUAAAGAAUAAUGAUAUUGUUGUCCUUCAGGUGUUUUUUAAUCAGAAAUCGCUAUUCAUACGUCCUGCAUCAAGCAGUGCAAAAGAGGUGUACUCUCAGUUAAUUCAGGAUGUUGGCCUACACUGCAUAAAAGCACCAGAGUUGGACCACCUGCCUUCCAAAAAUGAGAUGGUUGCCUGCCAGUUUGCGCCAGAUGGGAACUAUUACAGGGCCCAAGUCCUUGAAGUCAAAGAUGAGGUUGUGGAAGUGACCUAUGUUGACUUUGGUAAUAUGGUUAGUGUUACCAAAGACAAGCUGAAACCUCUUCCUGAUGAUCUGAAAAGGAUUCCAUGUCAGGCAGUGAAAGUGACUCUGAAGGAUGUUGUUGCUAAACCUCUGACACCAGAAACAAAUGACUUCUUAUCAAAGUUGAUUGGCGGAGAAGUUGAAAUGAAACUGAUUAUGGCAGAAUCACACAAAGAUGGGGUUCAGCUGAUCCUUCCAGACAGUUCAUGCCUAAAUGAUGUGAUAAACACAAUGCUGAAGCCUGAUAAAAGUCUCACAGAAUGGAAAAUCUUCAUGGAAGGUGAUAUUAAAUACUUGGAGUUGCCCAUCGGCAAGACCAUAGACUUCCUUGUUCUUCAUAAAAUGAAUAGUGUGACUCUCAUGGGCUGUGAAGCAAAUGAAGAAAUUAUGGUGUAUGUCCAUACCACCAUGACUAAGGAAAUUAACAGUUACUGCAAUUCCACUAAAGAGAAAUCUUAUGUUCCAAGAUAUUCUGAACUUUGUUUUGCCAGAUAUGAAGAUGGAGUAUGGUACCGUGCCAUGUGCCUUGAAGAACAUUCUUCAAAAGAAAACAAUAUAAUAUUCUUAGAUUUUGGCAACAUGGCUUAUAUUGACAAGACACGUAUUCGUAAGAUGGUACCAGAAUUUGUUGAAACUCCAGCUGUUGCUCUCUUAUGUUCAAUGAAAGGAAUUGAUAAAAACUCAUCUGAGACACUGAAGAAGCGUGUAGAUGAGUUGAUUCAAGUGAACAAAAUAUACAAGGCACAUGUUGUAUCAUGCCUUGAACCAGGAAACUACGUCAUAGAGUUUCCCCAUAUUACAGAAGUACUAAUCAAGGAAAACCUGCUUCCAUCAGAAAAGUAAGUGGAAAUGGAGGCUGGAAAUGAUGGAGAGAGAAGGUGGAAUCACCCAUGCAUUGUUGGUCUGUGUGUCUCAGUUUUGUUGUUAUAUUUUAUUAAAAUAUGUCCCAAUCCAUUUUAGUCAUAGUCUUUAAUGACAGUGAUAAGGCCUUGACUGAUUCUGAUUAUCUUGUAAUAGAAAAUGUCUGUACAAUAUUGAUUAUUCAAGUCUACAUUAAUAUCUGUUCUCCCCAUAAAUGAAAAUGCUAGUCACUGUCUCAUCAUUGGUGACAAGUAAAUUUGAUAAUUAGUGUUGCAUGUAAACCUAAAUGUCACAUGCAUUGACAUGAUCUGUCAGAGACAUAACAGUUGUUUGUAAUUUAUACACAUUCCAUUCUUUAAGUUGUAGAGAGACUGCAGUUUAAAUA